GUACUUCCGUUUUCCCAUCAUGCAGUUUUAGAAACAUGGUGGCUGAAAUCUUUCAUAACAACAUUGGUGUCACUGCUGUUAACUAGGCGAUUCUUGCGCUUGUGAGUUAAACUAUAAGGGAAUAUUGGUGUUAAAGCGGAUUCUGCACAAUGCCGAAAUAUUACGAGGAAAAGGAGGAAGAUAACAGAGCCUGCGCCGGUAUCAGAGAGGACUUCAAGGCGUGUCUCCUUCAGCACGACUGCGUGGUAAAGGAGGGGAAGAUGCCCAGUGAGUGUUUGAAGGAAGGCCACUGCAAAGCUCUGCAGACAUCGUUUUUUGAGUGCAAGAGGUCAAUGCUGGAUACAAGGUCAAGAUUCAGAGGAAAGAAAGGAUAUUGAGGAACCAUCUGAAUGCUGAUGCUGCCAUAUGGCUGAGUGAAUCCUGGAUGAGCAACUGUAAUUGCUUGUAAGGAUUUAAAUCAAAGAGCGCUGCUCACAGGCCAGUGUAUGUGCAGCUUUACAACCUCCUCUGAAGGACAUGUGUCACGAAAGUGGGGUAGCAAAGGACUACCAAAUAUUAAAGAACAAUGCACAUUGACGCACAAAAGGAUUACCAACUCUUCAGCAAAAUGUAGCACUGAAACAAAACUGGAGCUGUCACUGGCCGGAGCUUUUUCUGGAUGAAUGAGUGUGUGUGUUGUGUUAUGAAAACACUUGUAGUAAAAAUAAAUAAUGAAUACAA